AUGACCCCCCGCUGCUUCAUUGUCCGCCACGGCGAAACCUCCUGGUCCCUGAACGGCCGACACACAGGCACGACGGACCUCCCACUGACGGAAAACGGCGAGAAACGGAUAAAAGCCACGGGGAAGGCGUUGGUCGGGAAUGAUCGGUUGAUUGUGCCGAGGAAGUUGGUUCAUGUGUAUGUAUCACCGCGCGCACGGGCCCAACGGACCCUCGAACUACUCGAAAUCGGUUGCAGGGAGAGAUUACCCUGGAAUGAGGCGCGGAAGUCCGAGGAUGAAGAGCCGAUACGUACGGAGGCGAGGGUGGAGGUUACGGAGGCUGUCAGGGAGUGGGAUUAUGGGGAGUAUGAGGGGUUGACUAGUAAGCAGAUUCGGGAGAUGAGGAGGGAGAAGGGGGAAGGGGAGUGGGAUAUUUGGAGGGAUGGGUGUCCUGGAGGAGAAUCCCCCGAAGACGUAAUCAAGCGUCUGGACGCGGUGAUCGCAGAGAUCAGAGAGAAGUUCCACAAGCCCUGUUUUGACGGCGACUCUUCCACGGGCAAGGGCGAUGUUCUCAUCGUAGCUCACGGACAUAUCCUGCGUGCAUUUGCGAUGCGCUGGACGGGGAAGCCGUUGACGGAGACGGCGCUGAUUUUGGAAGCGGGUGGUGUGGGCACGCUGAGCUACGAGCACCACAAUAUCGACGAGCCGGCAAUCAUUCUCGGUGGAGGAUUCGUGGUCGAUAGCUGA